AGUAUACGGUAGCGAGAACCGAUAACAAAUUUAGCAGAUAACGGUGUUAAUUCUGACUUCCUCGCACUGGGGCGUUAUUUACUCGGUACCAGGAGACGAGCUCCGGUACCUCACGCUGCUGGUAAUUGCCGGGGUUCCGUCUUGUUUUGGUAAGCGGCAAAGUGUGGGGUGGGGUAUGAGAGCAGCGCCGGGGAUGGGGUGCAGUUCCUACGGGUAAUACCUCGGGAUGGAUGAGUGUCACGGGACAGCACUUUUCCAGAGCCACAGUAGUCAUGGCAGCUACAGAUCUCCAGUCAGAUCCUUUUAUUGGGGUUGGCUUCUCCUCCGGCAAAUCGUUAUCGCAGAGAGUAGUCAAACAUGCACUGGCCAUCAUGCAUCUGCUGACCACCGAGGGUAAGAUAACCGUAUCUGCAGACAUCGGGCUGCAUCAGGGCAGAAGAACGGACGGGAAGAAGCUGGUAACGGACAGAAUAAUGAGGCUGGUUCUAGGAAUCCUUCACCUGCUGAAUGAGGGUCCACUGCAGCUUGAUGCCGUCCAUUUUUCGGAAGACGUUUGGGUGAGUCUGGAGAGGGAGCAGAGGGAUCUUUACAACGACCUAACGACGGAGAAUGAGCAGACGCUGCGCUCCCUGAGUGAUUACCAUAAUAUAAAGGUCUGCAGCAGGACGGCCAUUCCUGGGGGAACAAAUGAGCCUGUGCCGAGUGAAAAGCCGACAGAGCUGGUUGCGGAGGAUCGGGAGAUAUCAGGAGACCCGGGGACGCGUCCAGGUGCAUUCGCAGGAAAUGCAAACGAGUCUGAAACACAUCCCUUUCCACAGAUUUCCUCGGUUAACACUGUAGGCACCCCCCAGAGUUUCUUCCGACAUAACACCACAGACGGGCACCACGCGCCUUGUAUGAAUGCAGAUAAUGGAGCCCCCAAAAGUGGUUUCAAUAACUCUUCAGGUGUCUGCACGGAAAACUCCUUAACCGCCUUCCAAGAAACCUUCGCUGCCCCCCAGGAUUCCUACAUGGGCAUCUACCCAACUGGUUUUACUGAGACUGGUAUUACGCCCAGUAGCAGCCAGCAAUGCAAUGCUCCUCUCAAUAGUUUCUCAUCUACAGCAGACACCAUCGCAGAGUCUUUUCACGUGAAAACCGAGCCUGCGGAGCUGGUUGCGAGGGAUCGGGAGAUAUCAGGAGACCCGGGGACGCGUCCAAGUGCAUUCGCAGGAAAUGCAAACGAGUCUGAAACGCAUCCCUUUCCACAGAUUUCCUCGGUUAACACUGUAGGCACCCCCCAGAGUUUCUUCCGACAUAACACCACAGACGGGCACCACGCGCCUUGUAUGAAUGCAGAUAAUGGAGCCCCCAAAAGUGGUUUCAAUAACUCUUCAGGUGUCUGCACGGAAAACUCCUUAACCGCCUUCCAAGAAACCUUCGCUGCCCCCCAGGAUUCCUACAUGGGCAUCUACCCAACUGGUUUUACUGAGACUGGUAUUACGCCCAGUAGCAGCCAGCAAUGCAAUGCUCCUCUCAAUAGUUUCUCAUCUACAGCAGACACCAUCGCAGAGACGGUGUCUAUCGUUCAUAUUAAGCAGGAAGAAUUGCCUGUCGAUGUCCACUCAAUGCAAGUUGAUCGACCCACUCAGGAAUCGGGCAUGUACGUUUCACUGACAAAAAAGCUUGGAAAUUCUUCAAAUAUCAAAGAGAAGCUAAGAGAAGUAACACCUGCUUUUAGUGAAGGAUGUAUUAAAACCGAACCCAAGGUGAAAAUGCUAAGCCUCACCUCGCCCAGCCGAAUGAACACCCACAGGGUCGAGUCAAGAAGUACUCAUCGUAAGCACCCUGUAAAGAAACCCUUUGAGUGCCUGAGAUGUGAGAAAAGCUUCAUCUGCCGGUCUCACCUCAUCAUGCAUCAAAGGGUUCAUACCAGAGAGAGGCCUUAUGCGUGUACCGAGUGCGGGAAAACCUUCACUCAGAGCUCAAACCUCUUCAGACACCAGAGAGGUCACAGGGGUGAGAGGCCAUAUGCGUGCAAAGAGUGCGGAAAAACCUUUACUCAGAGCACGUACCUUAUGAUCCAUCAGAGAACCCACACAGGGGAGAGACCCUAUGUCUGCAGUGACUGUGGGAAGACCUUUCGGGUCAACUCCACUCUUGUGAGACAUCAGAGGGUCCAUGUGGGUGAGAAACCAUAUACCUGUAUGAAAUGUGGGAAGAGUUUCACGCAGAGCUCCUAUCUUCACAUACACCAGAGGACACACACAGAGGAAAGACCCUUCACCUGCACUCAGUGUGGAAAAGGGUUCAAAGUCAACGCCUCUCUGAUCCGACACCAAAGACUGCACCUGGGGGAGGAGAUAUACACGUGUGCUCAGUGCGGAAUAGACUUCCCGGAAAUGGCCAGGCUGGUUGACCACCAGAGAACUCAUAGAAGCAUCAAGGAAGAGGCUGGAGGACCCUCUGAUGUGCCUUCUGAUACGGUCUAGUAUGACUGGUGUCAGUGAGCCGGCGGGGCCCUGGAUGAAUAUCAUCUUUGAGGAGGCUGGGAAUAGAUUGUGGGUUUUGUUGGUAUGAAUUCUUGACAAAUCGUAAACUCAACAUCAGUUAAUUAUAUAUA